CUUAUAAACAGUCAAAUUAAGCUUAAUUUUCUCCUUGUAAUUGCAUCUUCGGUUUGCGGGUCGUGAAAAGUUGUCCACUUUCUCACCAUUUUGACAUUUAAGGGGUCUACUGAGCAUGAAUGUUUUUGUUAACUUUCUUUUUCUUCAACUUAAAGCUCUUCUCCUAGCCAGCUGCUUUCUUCCCUUUUAAUGCAAAAGCCCUUCGUUUACAAAAGCCAUACUACAUUUUUCAGAGAGUGAAAUCAUCUUCAUUGUCAAGUUCAUUGGUCAAAAAGCUUGGUUUCAUAGCUGCAUUUGUGGGUUUUAUGUAACCCCAUUUCAGCUCUUUUGUUACUUGCUUUCUUCAGUCGCUCGUGUCGUGAAGUCGCCCGUAUCAUCAUCGCUUUCUGGUCACUUGCAAAAGCUCUGUGUUCUGCUUAAAUAUAGAGAAUGAAUGAAGAAAGGUUUGAUGUUUAGCUUGUGAUUUCUAAAUGCCCUUUUGCUUCUUCAACUUCCUGCUCUGAAUCUGACCGCCUGUGAUCAACUUGUUUGUUUAUGAUAUGCUGUUUCAAGAGACUGAAAACGGUGCAAACAUGUUGCAAAACAGAGAAAUGCCACUGCACAGGCGUUCUAAGAGUUUUCUAGACAUGGUCAAGGAUACUGUUGAGGAAGAACGCUUGGAUAAGUCCUUUGAAGCUUCAAAUCGUAUGAAACUGGACACGAGCUACUUUGAGGAAUCCAUGAAGACGACGAAGAAAAGCUUCCCAAAAACAAACAUACACUCUUCUCUUAAACAAGAGAUUCUUCAGCUUGAAAAGAGAUUGCAAGAACAGUUCAAAGUUCGCACAACGCUCGAAAAUGCAUUAGGAUAUAGAUCCUCUUCUCAAGACAAUACGACCGACAUUGAAGUACCCAAGCCAGCCACUGAGUUGAUCAAAGAGAUCGCAGUGUUGGAACUGGAAGUUUCACAUUUAGAACAAUAUCUUCUCUCUUUGUAUCGAAAAGCAUUUGAUGGACAAAUAUCCUCCACGUCUCCAUCCACCACCGACGAAAAACUGAAAUCACCUGUGAACUCCCCAAAAGCCAAAUAUAUUGUGAAUUGUGUACCUGACAUUGCAUUGAAAAAGGAAGACAAAGCUGUUCAGUCUGGCUACGAUUCUUUUGGAAAUCCUAUAAGGGAAUAUAGCGGAAUUUGUGAAGACAAGCUGUUGGACUCAAGUGUUCGCCGUUGUCAGUCAUCACUAUCUCAUUAUUCAGUUUGUUCAAAGAGAAUUUCUCUUCCUGAGGAUUCUUUGGGCCAAGCUGUACGGCCUUGUCUAUCUCAACCAAUGUCCAUGAUGGAGUUUGCUCAGAAUGCUUCAUCCAAUUUAACCAGUCUAGCAGAGUACCUUGGUACUCAAAUACUGGACCAUGUUCCUGAGAGUGCCAAUCGUCUUUCUGAAGAUAUGGUGAAGUGCAUAUCAGCCAUAUACUGCAAACUUUCAGAUCCUCCUUCAACACAUCAUGGUCUUUCCUCUCCAGUUUCAUCGUCGUCACCAAUCAGCGCGUUCUCUCCACAAGAUCAGUUCGACAUGUUGAGCCCCGGGUUCAAGAACAAUCCACCUUUUGAUAUACGGUUGGAUAAUCCUUUUCAUGUGGAAGGUCUUAAAGAGUUCAGUGGCCCGUACAGCACAAUGGUUGAAGUGCCAUGGAUUUAUAGGGACAGUCAGAAAUUGAUCGAAAUCGAACACUUGUUACAAGAUUUCAGGUCACUUAUAUCCAAGUUAGAGGAAGUCAAUCCGAGGAAGUUGAAUCAUGAGGAAAAGCUAGCAUUCUGGAUCAACGUACACAAUUCCCUGAUGAUGCAUGCAUACUUGGCUUAUGGUAUACCACAAAACAAUAUGAAAAAGGUGUUUGUUCUCUUGAAGGCUGCAUAUAACAUAGGAGGUCAAACAAUCAGUGUCGACACCAUACAAAGUUCAAUACUUGGCUGCCGAGUGCCUCGGCCUGGACAGUGGCUCUCUCUUCUUAUUCCCUCAAAGUCGAAACUAAAAAGCGGAGAUAAACGACUAGCCUACAAAAUCCACCAGUCAGAACCCCUUUUACAUUUUGCACUUUGUACAGGCUGCCAUUCGGAUCCUGCGGUUCGUGUAUACACUCCCAAAGGAGUUCUGCAGGAGCUAGAGACAGCAAAAGAAGAAUACAUUCGAGCCACAUUCGGGAUACGCAAAGACAAAAAAGUUGUUUUACCGAAGAUUGUCGAGUCAUUUGCAAAAGAAUCAAGAUUGUGCACAGCUGGUACGAUGGAAAUGAUCCAAAAGUCUUUACCUGAAUCUCUAAGAAGAAGUGUUUCAAAAUGUCAAAAUGGGAAGUCCCGUAAGAACAUCGAGUGGAUAUCGCACAACUUCACUUUUCGGUAUUUAAUAUCUAGGGAAAUGGUGAAGUGAAACAGCUGCUGCACAAAUGCAACUCUCCUCGAAUGGUCUAGAAAAAAUGGGAGGGCUACAUAUUUUCUUCCUUCUGUACAUAGAAGUUCACUAAACCAGGUCGGGUGAAGAGCAGCAUAAGGCAGCAUCCUGAGGCAUUCUACCUUUUGGAUUUUGUUAUCUUAAAUUUGUGUAUGUGAUUGUUGUUACCAUCUAGAUUUCAAAUUUUUUGUUGUAAAUAAAUUUGAGUUUGAAGAUCAGUUCGUUUCUUAUAAAAUCCUUAGUAUAGAUCA